AUGUCGCAUGACACCCACAGCAGUUACAUCUACGAAAGGCUUCCCCAGCUGGUAAAACAGCAAGCGGCUGCCGGAUUCAGCCCUUACUCCUCCAGCGGGACCAUGGUCUUCCCUAGCACGCUUUCCUUACGCAACAUUUCUCAACAAGGACGCUUCUUCCAGGAUGUACCUUCUAUGCACGAACGUCAGCCCUUGGAGAUGGACUACAACGUCCACUGUCGUUACUUCAAACUCGAGGACCCAAAGGUGCCUACGAUUGACAAACUCUCAUUCGGCGACUUUUAUCGCAUGCGCGCAUUCAAGCAGCGGAAUAAGCAUCGGCAAGAGGAGCACAAAUUUCCCAACGCAAUGCAGCGUCACUGCGCUGGUUGUUGCGCCAUAAAUGUGGGCGGAACCAUUGGCUGCGAUCGUCGCCGCGAAUAUGGUCACCAGGAUUCGGACGGCAAAUUGCCAAAAUUUGAGCCACUACCCAUGGCACCCUACGGACGAGGACAAUAUCAAUUUUUUUACGAGAUCCUCGAUCGAAACCCAACAAACCACUUUUGGGACUCUCGAAAACAUGUCUAG